AUGUUGACAUUUACUACGCUCUCGACUUUGGCUCUUGCGGCUUUGACAGUCGCUGCGCCAGUCGAGUUAAAAACACGCACUACCUGUUACAGCGGUGUUUAUGUCAUUGGUGUUCGCGGCAGUGAAGAAGAUGCGGGAUUUGGCAGCACGGCUACCGUCGUCAACGACGUGUUAGAAGCUAUUCCGAGCUCUGGAAGCAUUGCCCUGGAUUAUCCCGCUUCUGUCGUUGAUCCGAUCUACAGCAGCUCCGUGACUGACGGCAUCAAAGCCCUGAUCACCUUGGUUCAAGACUAUGCCGAUGCUUGUGAAGGCAAGAUUGUGCUGGUGGGCUUCAGCCAAGGAGGAAAUGUCAUUACCGAUGCGCUUGCCGGUGGUGUCCUCAAGCCUACGCCGCUCACAGCGAGCUACGUGGAUCACAUCUCUGCCGUUACCGUCUUUGGAGACCCAACAUUUACACACGGACAAACCUUUGACGCUGGCACCGACACGAGCAGCGACGGGAUCUUCUCGCGCGGCCACUCCAGCCUUGAGCUACUGAACACAUAUGCAGACAAGAUCCAGAGCUACUGUGACGUAGGCGACGUCUACUGUGCGUCCGGCAGCGACACAACUGCUCAUCGUGAGGAGAUUCCCACUUGGGCCACUGCGGCUGAAACAUUUAUCGUUAGCAAAAGCACAUAA